GUUAGAUUUUUUGUGUGAGGGAAAAGACGAGCAGCAGUGAAAAAGCUUCCCAGUCACUCCAGGAGCUAUAGCUACGUUUUUAUUUAAUAAAGCAUCCUGCUACGUUUUUUUAAAGCUUUCAGAUUCACUGGGAGAUUAAAAGAGAGAGAGAGAAAAUCCAUUCUCUUAAGUUUGUGCACAUCUAAAGAUUAAUUUAUUUUCAACUCCAGCUUUGUAAGAGAGGAGAGAAAGAAAAAAACAGCACGCGAGACACGAGAGGAGAAUAUAUAUAUAUAUAUUAUAUCAUCAUUAUUGGGAUAACUUGCCAAGAGAGCACUUCUUAUUGAAGACCAAAGAGACUUUCUAUAUUGUUCCAGAAUUGGAGGGCAGCUUUUUAAAAAAAAUUCAAUUCCUCUUCGGGGAUAAAUUGUAGCUCAAUUCAGGAGAAUCUCGAGGAGGGAUUUGCAACCAUUAGCAGGACCCCAUGCCAACAAUCAUGACAACCGACCACCCUGCACGUCAGCUUCUGGACUUCAAUCAGAAGCUAGACAUUAAUCUGCUGGAUAAUGUUGUAAAUUGCUUGUAUCAUGGGGAGGGCCCACAGCAACGAAUGGCACAAGAAAUAUUAACUCACUUAAAAGAACAUCCAGAUGCUUGGACCAGGGUAGAUACCAUCCUAGAAUUUUCCCAGAAUAUGAAUACAAAGUACUAUGCCUUGCAGAUACUAGAAAAUGUGAUCAAAACCCGUUGGAAAAUACUUCCAAGAAAUCAGUGUGAAGGAAUAAAAAAAUAUGUUGUUGGCUUAAUCAUUAAAACAUCUUCAGAGACCUUGGAGAAAGAUAAAGUUUAUCUUGGAAAACUGAAUAUGAUUCUUGUCCAGAUCCUUAAACAUGAAUGGCCCAAAAACUGGCCCACAUUCAUAAGUGAUAUAGUAGGAGCCAGCAAAACAAGCGAGUCUCUGUGUCAGAACAACAUGGUCAUUUUAAAACUGCUCAGCGAAGAAGUGUUUGAUUUCUCCAGUGGGCAGAUGACACAGGUGAAAGCCAAGCAUUUAAAAGACAGUAUGUGCAAUGAAUUCUCGCAGAUAUUUCAGCUCUGUCAGUUUGUGAUGGAGAACUCUCAGAACGCCCCUUUAGUCCAUGCAACACUGGAGACAUUGCUGCGGUUUCUGAACUGGAUCCCUUUAGGUUACAUCUUUGAAACUAAACUCAUCUCCAGUUUGGUGUACAAGUUUCUGAAUGUGCCCAUGUUUCGAAACGUGACGUUGAAGUGUUUGACGGAAAUUGCUGGCGUUAGCGUCAGUCAAUAUGAUGAGCAAUUCAUCUCGUUGUUUACAUUAACACUCAUUCAGCUCAAACAGAUGCUACCUGUGAAUACUAACAUUCGGCUUGCAUAUGCAAAUGGAAAGGAUGAUGAGCAGAACUUUAUUCAGAAUCUGAGUCUCUUCUUGUGCACUUUCUUGAAGGAGCAUGGUACACUGGUAGAAAGGACACUGGAGCUCAGAGAGGCUCUCUUAGAUGGCCUACACUACAUGAUUUUGAUAUCGGAAGUGGAAGAGAUAGAAAUUUUUAAAAUCUGUUUGGAAUACUGGAAUCAUCUGGCGGGAGAGCUUUAUCGAGAAAAUCCCUUUUCCAUUAGCGCCUCUCCUGCUCUGGGGAAUCCUCACAGUGAUGUUCCUCCGAGGAGGCAGAUCUACCUGCCAGUGCUGUCAAAGGUGAGGCUUAUAAUGAUCAGCCGAAUGGCAAAACCGGAAGAGGUUCUUGUGGUGGAGAAUGAGCAGGGAGAAGUAGUUCGGGAAUUCAUGAAAGAUACAGACUCCAUCAAUCUGUACAAAACUAUGAGGGAGACACUUGUGUACCUCACACAUUUAGACUAUGCUGACACAGAAUGCAUAAUGACCGAGAAGCUACACAACCAAGUGAAUGGUACGGAGUGGUCGUGGAAGAACCUCAACACUCUUUGCUGGGCUAUCGGCUCCAUCAGUGGUGCAAUGCACGAAGAGGACGAGAAACGUUUCCUUGUCACAGUCAUCAAGGAUUUGCUAGGUCUUUGUGAACAAAAACGUGGGAAGGAUAAUAAGGCUAUUAUUGCCUCUAAUAUAAUGUACGUGGUGGGACAAUAUCCCCGAUUCCUGCGAGCUCAUUGGAAGUUCCUAAAGACGGUGGUGAACAAGCUGUUCGAGUUUAUGCAUGAAACGCAUGACGGUGUCCAGGACAUGGCUUGUGACACGUUUAUUAAGAUAGCACAAAAGUGCCGACGUCACUUUGUACAAGUUCAAGUGGGAGAGGUGAUGCCUUUCAUUGAUGAGAUCUUGACUAACAUCAACACCAUCAUUUGUGACCUGCAGCCUCAUCAAGUACACACGUUCUAUGAAGCAGUUGGUUACAUGAUUGGAGCUCAAACUGAUCAAACUGUCCAGGAGCAUCUGAUUGAGAAAUACAUGCUUUUGCCUAAUCAGGUGUGGGACAGCAUUAUUCAGCAAGCAACAAAGAACGUGGACAUUCUGAAGGAUGCGGAGACAGUGAAACAGCUCGGGAGUAUCCUGAAGACUAACGUGAGGGCUUGCAAGGCAGUUGGACACCCAUUUGUUAUUCAGCUAGGACGAAUAUACCUGGACAUGCUCAAUGUGUACAAGUGUUUGAGUGAGAACAUCUCGGCUGCCAUCCAGGCAAAUGGCGAAGUUGUUACCAAGCAACCAUUAAUCAAAAGCAUGAGAACAGUAAAGAGAGAGACUUUGAAGCUGAUAUCUGGCUGGGUGAGCCGGUCCUCAGAUCCACAGCUGGUUGCAGAAAACUUUGUCCCCCCGCUGCUUGACGCAGUGCUGAUCGACUACCAGAGGAAUGUCCCUGCAGCCCGUGAGCCAGAAGUUUUGAGUACAAUGGCCACCAUAGUGAACAAACUGGAGAAUCACAUUACUGCAGAGGUCCCCCAGAUCUUCGACGCCUUGUUUGAGUGCACUCUGGAUAUGAUCAACAAGGAUUUUGAAGAGUAUCCAGAGCACAGGACUAACUUCUUUCUGCUUCUUCAAGCAGUCAAUAGUCAUUGUUUCCCUGCCUUCCUGAACAUACCUCCAGCCCAGUUCAAAUUGGUCCUUGACUCCAUUAUCUGGGCUUUCAAACACACCAUGAGGAACGUGGCCGACACAGGGUUGUCCAUUCUUUAUACUCUACUUCAGAACGUUGCACAGGAAGAGGCAGCUGCCCAGAGCUUUUACCAAACUUAUUUCUGUGACAUUCUCCAACACAUAUUCUCAGUGGUGACAGAUACUUCACACACUGCUGGAUUGACGAUGCAUGCUACCAUCUUGGCAUACAUGUUCAGCCUAGUGGAGGAUGGCAAGAUCACUUUGUCUUUGAGUCCAGCUACUCCCAAUAUCAACAAUCAGAUCUUCGUGCAGGAGUUCGUGGCCAACCUGUUGAAAACUGCCUUCCCUCACCUCCAAGACGCACAGAUCAAGGUUUUUGUGACUGGUCUGUUCAGCCUAAAUCAAGACAUUCCAUCUUUCAAAGAGCAUCUGAGAGAUUUCCUUGUACAGAUCAAGGAAUUUGGUGGCGAAGACACUUCGGACCUGUUUCUGGAGGAGAGGGAGACAGCCCUGCGCCAGGCCCAAGAGGAGAAGAGAAAGCUUCAGAUGACCGUUCCUGGGAUUUUAAACCCCCACGAAAUAGCGGAAGAGAUGUGUGAUUGAACAAACCACGUGUUACAGAAAGAAAGGGAUGGGAAGGGUGGAGGGAGGAGAAAUGAAUGAAGAAGAAAGGACAGCGAGUGAAUGGGUAUGAAAGGGAUAGCAAAUGGGACAAAUCCUUCAUUGGUCUGAUGUGACGGGACUUUUUAAGAUUGAAAUUCCAGUUUUGUUUCCUUGCCAUUGGUCACGAGAGGGGAGUUUUUUUAUCGCAAAAAUCUUCAUUAUUAUUUUCUCCCUGGGUUGAAAUUGUGUUUAUGAACUGUGAACAUGCCGACAGCUAAGCCUGCAGCCAUUGUUCCUUUAUUUGGGCCGUGUGGUGUUGUACAGCUUGAGCUAUUUCAACAACUUAAACUAUAUUGGAGAACCUUUCAACACAUUGUAUAGUUGGGUUUUAUAUUAAACCCAGCCUGGUUGGCUUGACAAA